UCCCCACCUAUAUAUAUGUCUUCUGCAUUUACACUCUGAACUAAUCUCUCUUUCUUCCAUUCCCCACCACUCCACUCUCUCUCUCUCUCUCUCUCUCUCUCCCCCAAUCCCACUCCAAUUUCAACUCUCACUACCUCUUUACACUCCUCCUUCUUCUCCAUUCCUUUCCUCGCCGGAAAUCAAGAAAAUGAUUACUUGGCAUGAUCUUUACGUCGUCUUAACGGCGGUGGUUCCGCUUUAUGUGGCAAUGAUUUUAGCUUAUGGUUCAGUGCGGUGGUGGAAGAUCUUUACUCCGGACCAGUGCUCCGGGAUCAACCGCUUCGUCGCCAUUUUCGCCGUCCCUUUGCUGUCCUUUCACUUUAUCUCCAGUAAUAAUCCGUACGAGAUGAAUCUCCGAUUCAUCGCCGCCGAUACGCUCCAGAAGAUCAUCAUGCUCGUGGUGCUCUGUUUCUGGGCGAAUUUGACCAAAAAUGGGAGCUUGGAAUGGAGUAUUACUAUCUUUUCUCUCUCCACUUUGCCCAAUACUCUCGUGAUGGGGAUUCCGUUGUUGAUUGCCAUGUACGGAGAAUAUUCCGGCAGCCUGAUGGUUCAGGUGGUUGUACUUCAGUGCAUUAUUUGGUAUACACUGCUGCUUUUUCUGUUCGAGUAUCGAGGCGCAAAGAUGCUGAUUAUGGAACAGUUUCCGGAAACGGCGGCGUCGAUUGUGUCGUUUAAGGUGGAAUCCGACGUCGUUUCGUUGGACGGUCAGGAUUUUCUGGAGACGGAUGCGGAGAUCGGGAAUGACGGGAAGCUCCACGUGACGGUGAGGAAAUCCAACGCGUCGCGUCGGUCAUUUGCGAUGACUCCCCGGCCGUCGAAUCUCACCGGAGCUGAGAUUUAUAGCCUGAGUUCUUCCCGGAACCCUACUCCGAGAGGCUCCAAUUUUAACCACUCGGAUUUCUACUCCAUGAUGGGGUUUCCCGGCCGGUUGUCCAAUUUCGGGCCGGCGGACAUGUAUUCCGUUCAAUCCUCCCGUGGACCGACUCCCCGGCCGUCGAAUUUCGAGGAGAAUUGUGCUCCGGGAGGGCUGAUGAACUCUCCUAGAUUCGGGUUUUACCCGUCUCAACCUGCUCCGGCUUCGUACCCGGCUCCGAACCCGGAAAUCGCCUCCGCCGUCCCGAAAUCCCAGAAGCAGCCGGCGCCGGCGGCUCCGCCGCCGCCGCCGCAACAGACCGCCAAGCCCAACCACGACGCCAAAGAGCUCCACAUGUUCGUCUGGAGCUCCAGCGCGUCUCCGGUGUCGGAAGCCGGCGGCCUCCACGUGUUUAACGAGCAAUCCGGCCGAUCGGACGGCGCCAAGGAAAUCAGGAUGUUAGUUUCCGAUCAUCCUCAAAACGGGGAAACAAAAACAAUUCCGCAACCGGGGGACUUGGAGGAUUUCAGCUUCGCCGGCGCCGGCGGGAAAGAAGGGGAGGAAGAGAAAGAGAAAUUAGAGGGGCCCACAGGGCUGUCAAAGCUGGGGUCCAGCUCCACGGCGGAGCUUCACCCGAAGUCCGCCGCCGGGAACAAUGACGCCGGCGCCGGAAAACAAAUGCCGCCGGCCAGCGUCAUGACCCGGCUCAUCUUAAUCAUGGUUUGGCGCAAACUUAUCCGAAACCCAAACACCUACUCCAGCCUCAUUGGUCUCAUCUGGUCCCUCGUUUCGUUUCGGUGGAACGUGCAUAUGCCCAAAAUCAUAGAGAAGUCAAUCUCCAUCCUAUCAGAUGCUGGACUUGGAAUGGCUAUGUUUAGCUUAGGUCUGUUUAUGGCUCUUCAACCGAAGAUAAUUGCAUGUGGGAACACGGUGGCGUCCUUUGCCAUGGCGGUUAGGUUCCUAACGGGCCCAGCAGUUAUGGCCGCUGCUUCCAUUGCAGUUGGUCUUCGUGGUACCCUCCUCCAUGUUGCCAUUGUGCAGGCAGCAUUGCCACAAGGGAUUGUCCCAUUUGUGUUUGCUAAAGAGUACAAUGUUCAUCCAGCUAUUCUCAGCACUGCAGUUAUUUUCGGGAUGCUGAUCGCAUUGCCAAUCACGCUAGUGUACUACAUUAUUCUUGGAGUAUAGAUAAGAUACCCGAGCACGACGGAGGUCAAAAUGGGAAAGAUUUUGAUUGUGGUGGAGAUGGAUCAUGUAUCAAUAGCUGCAUUUGUGAUAUACUACUAACAAGGAUGUGGAUUUGGGAGGACCUAAAAAGAAAUAAUUUAAAUUAGUAUAAUUAUAAUUAUAUAUGCAUGUAAAAUUUCUCCCAAACCCAUGGAGAUAAAAAGUUGACUUAGUUGGGAGGGUUUGACGACGACGUACGGCCGUGAUUGAAGGAUGAUUUGCUCCAUCUAAGGCAGGCAAUGUGAUCUUGAUUUUCACAAAUGGAGGAAAGCCAAAGGGGGCUAGUCUAGAGGAAAGGGGACAAAAGAAGAGCAAAACAAGGAGGCAAAUUAAAAGAGUGAUGUACCAUGUAUGGUUAUAUUCUUUUUUCUUUUAUUUUCUUUCCUUUUCAUAGUUGUUACGCGUGUAAAGUGUCGAUUUGAACAAAGAUAAUCGUCUAUCUAGUUAUCAAAAAUUGAAAUGAGAUUGGUUUUGACUUCUGUAUUUGAUUGAUGGUAUAUUAAUCCA